AGUCUCAACACUCAAGGGCCAAGAAGGGUCAGUAGGCUACACAGGCUCAACAUUAGACAUGUAUUGUAGCUUGCAAAAUUAGACCUAUUUUGUGCUAAUCUGUUGAACAAAAAACCAGUUCCAUGUUUGGAAGUCUCCUUACACCAAAACAUCGAAGAUUCUCUUCAAAAAUUGGAGACUUUCAAUGUGCAGCAUAUGAAAUCCUAUUAUAGAACCAGAGUAUUACACAAAGCUACCACCUUUUUAGGGUUUGAAGCCCCCCUUUCUCCUCCCAUGGUUGCAGUAUCUCGUUCUCUUUAUCGCCAUGUAAUUCAAAAUCCUUCUGAAUCUUGGUAUGCUAAAGUUAUCUGUACCCUUUUUUGUUUUCGAUCCCAUUAUUUCAAUUUACAUUCAGAUUUUCUUGCCAAAACUUUAACCCCAUUUAUUGCUUUUCAAGUUGUUAGGAAGUUGGAUUUUGAUAGAAAGAACCCAACUUUGGCAUUCAAAUUUUUUGAGUUAAGUAGGAUUAAUUUGGGUUUGAUUCAUAGUUUUGGGACUUAUGAUUACCUUUUAAGAUCUCUUUGUCAAGUGGGUCUUUUUGAUUAUGCAAGUUUGGUUCUUGACUGGAUGAUGGUUGAUGGGUAUACAUUGAACUUUUCAGUUUUGGGUUUUCUGAUUGGGUCUUUUUCAGAUUCAGGAAGAUUUGAAAUUGCCCAGAAAUUGCUUUUACAAGCAGAAUCUGGAGAGUUUAAUAGAAACCCUUUUGUUUAUAAUAAGUUUUUGAAUUGUUUGGUUAGACAAAAUAGAGUAGAUGAGGCUGUUACCUUCUUUAGUGAGAAAAUGAUGCCAAAAUCAUGCUUAGAUGUUUGUAGUUUUAAUAUACUGAUUAGAGGCCUAUGUAGAGCUGGGCAAGUCGAUAAGGCUCUAAAAUUUUUUGAGGAUAUGGUCAAUUUUGGUUUGUCACCGGAUGUUAUUUCAUAUAAUACUAUAAUAGAUGGAUUUUGUAGGGUAAACAAGGUUGAUAAAGCCCGAGAGUUGUUAAUGGAACUAAGGUCUAGAGAUGGUGUUUCUCCUGAUGUUGUCACUUUUACAUCCAUCUUAUCAGGUUAUUGCAAGUUGAAUAAGAUGAAUGAGGCAUCUAUACUUUUUGAAAACAUGACUAGUAUUGGAAUUAGACCCACUCUUGUUACUUUCAAUAUUCUCAUUGAUGGCUUUAGUAAGGUCGGUGAUAUGGAUUCUGUGUCAGCUAUGUAUGAGAAAAUGCUCUCAUUUGGGUGUUUCCCGGAUGUUGUUACGUUCACAUCACACAUUGAUGGGUAUUGUCGGAUAGGAGAAUUGGAUAAGGCGUUGAAUCUUUUGCGAGAAAUGGUUAAUAGGAAUGUGCCCCCAAAUAAGUAUACAUUUUCUAUUCUAAUUAUAGCUUUAUGUAAAGAGAAUAGACUGAAUGAGGCAUGUGAUUUGUUGAGACAAUUGAAGUUGCGUAAUGAUAUUGUUCUUCAACCUUUUAUGUACAAUUCUGUCAUUGAUGGACUAUGCAAAGCCGGUAAGGUUGAUGAGGCAAAUGUAAUUGUUUCUGAAAUGGACGAGAGAAACUGCAAGCAUGAUAAGUAUACGUACACCAUUCUUAUCAUUGGCCAUUGUAUGAAGGGGAGAAUGCUGGAAGCAAUUAAGAUUUUUAAUAAGAUGCUAUCAGUUAAGUGUACUCCGGAUGACGUUACUGUGAAAUCCUUGCUUUCAUGUUUGGUAAAGGCGGGAAUGCCUGGUGAGGCUUCACAAAUAAGAUUACAAAUACCAUUAGGGAAGGUGGAAUUGGGUUUGUCCUCUUCUAGGAAAAAUCUAACAGCCAAGACAAAUAUGAAUGUUCAGGUUGCUGCUUGACAUGGGAGGGCUAUACCUGUGCUUGUAUCGCACACGACUAAGUGCUUGAUCACAUGCUCUUUAGCGCGAGUCACGAGAUGGUCUCUAGCAAAUCAAAAGAGCUAGAUGCCAUUUACAUGUGAUACAUGUCACUUUACAAGACAUUGGUCUAUAAUUCACUUAUUUGGUUCUCCUUGUGCAUUCUGUGACUUUUAACACCAACUCGGGAUUAUUAGAUCCGGUAAAAAUGUGAUAAAUUUACCGACAAUGAGCUCUGGUCAAAUUCGACUAUAUGUGGACAGCUUGUUAUAGUAUUACCCAAUGAAAUCUUGAACAUUGAUGUUGAUGAAGGAUUAUCAUAGAGCCCUUGAAAAAACAUUUGCUUUGGGCGAGUGUGGAGGUGUUGUGCAUCUAAAGGGAAAGGGGCAAAAAUGAAGGCGAUGUAUGGUGUGUACCUUUUCCUUUUGUGACUGCGUUUGGAGCUUGAUGCAGGGAAGGAUGAAGAUUUUCGAACAAGUGACAUGUAUUAUUCUGAUCUCCAUGGACCAUCCAGAGGGUUGUGGUUACCAUUCUCUUUUUGGGUCAGUUUUACUCAUUCACUAGGAUACUUAAGGACCCGGUUCAUGUUCAUGUCAAUUUAUCGGGAGUACCGGAGGUGAAAUGAAGGGUUUAUUUGACAUACUUUUGAGCUGUUUAUAAACACCGAUGAUUCCAUCAUUCAUGGGUUGCAUUUUAAACAAAACCUUACAUGUCAUAGAUGGGGUUAUGUAUUGUCUCAAUUGCAUUCCUUUUAACAAUAAUAUUUGAGCUUUUCAUUUGGAUAAUUUGUUACUUGAAAGGAGUUUCUUGAAAUAGCUCAUCUUUUACGUGUUUUUUAAAUCGAGGGGAGAUUGACUUAUUAUGGUUUGGAUUUCUCCUCAAGGAAAUAAGAAAUAACAAAAUUUUAUCGGUAAUGACCAAGUGUGCCUUGUCCCUUUCCCUUUUAAUUGUAUCAUUUUUGUUGCUCGUCCCAAAAGUAUAAGUCAAAGUUGAUUUGGGUACAUGUACAUAAAUAAAUUAUCCACUUGAUUGAAAGUAACAAAUUAUUUCAUUGCCAAUUUUGAAGAUUAUUGCCUUUUUGUUUCCCGACUUUUGAUGCUCUGUGUGAGAAUGAUCUAAAUGUAUUACAAGAUGUGUGCAUUCCCAGUUCUCUCCCUGUCGGAGAUGGUGCACAUUUUCUUGUCCGUGAGGUCAGAUGGAGGGCUUGAUUGUGGAGAUCAGAAGAAAGUAUAGUGUAAGAUAUUUUCAAGGUAUGAAAUUUUGUUCUUUACAUAUACCACGUUUGUGUCUAUAUUUUAAUCUUGCACAAACACAUUACGAUAUUCAAGUUUAGGGUUGUGGUUAGAGGUGUUCAUUCGGGUCAUCAGGUUAAUUUUGGAUCAAGUGUUUUGGGUCGGUUCAAUAUCGAGUCUUGUGUCCAUAUUGAUUUUUGUAUAAUUAUAACUCAUUUUGAAGUUGGGUCAAGUCGGGUUCGGUUAUUAGAUUAGAUAAAUAUCGGGGGGUCGGGUCUGUUUUGAAUAUUUGUAGAAUGGAUGGUCUUUUUGAUCCCUUUCGCUGGCUUGAAUUUUGUCGACUCCUAGCUGUUACUCUAGAUCCCUCGGAUAAGUGAUAACAUGAGGCAGUAGUGAUAACAAAUGAAAUGUAUAAUUAGGAUAUGAUAUGAACUGAGAAAUAGGAAAAUGAACUUAACUAUUACUGUUAAAUGGUCUCAAAAUUCCUGAUAAAAGUGUAGCACACAUUGUAUGCAAGCUACUAAGAUACUAAUUGAGCAUCGGCUUUAGUUUCAUUUUAUUUUUACUACCAAAAAAUGACCUAUUUGAGUAUAAUGACAAUUUUGUUAUAUUUUAUUUUUGUUGGGAUAAAUAUUUUGUUUGCGUGUGUGUGUUGUGACCUCAGAGCCAUCAAAUUCAUAUGCAUGUUCUUGUAUAUUUGUUGAUCUUUUUGGUUUUGUUGAAGCUGUUUUCUGUGACUGAAUCUUUUCGGUAUUUCCUGACUCUUGAUGCUCUCUAUGUGCUAGUAUUGCUUUUUGUCAUGUAGGAAUUCUUUCUUGUUACAAACAACUUUUAUGAAGAAUUUCUCGUUUAGCAUCUGGAUGGUCUACCACUACGUCUUUGAUAUAAAUGUUAUCUUUGAUUGUCUUGAACUAUUUUGGGAUUAAGGCUCUGUUCUUGUCAUUGUUAAUCCCGUGUUUUUUCUGGUAAUUAUCUAUAUAAGCCUUGACCUUAAAAGAGAUGUACCUAAAGUUAUCGAACAUUUCCUCUAUCCAAGAAAAGAUUUAUCUCGAGAUUAUUAGGGUAACAACGAAUCAUGAAUCAUAGGCGUACUGCUGCCGAGCUUUUGUUCGAUGCUUUCCACAAUUUUUGAUCUGCCGAACCACAAACGGAAAAGCUCUUAUUCAUCCCGCACAGCUGAAACGAGCUGUAAACUAUUGGAAAGUUUUUCGUCCAAUCACUUGUUUCUAUGGUACGGUUUUUGUCUGCUAAAAGGGUUGUGGCGCUGAACGAAAUAGACGUUGGUUUUAAAUGAACUUUUCUCUCUUUAAAGAAUCCGUUUGGUUCUUCUCGAUGCACAGGCUUUUAAGACUCAAAUGGGUAUGCAAUCGUUAGCAAAGGGUGAAUGAAUGCAAAGAAUUGACUGAUUUGGUUGUUAACCGCAACAGUUUUGGCAUCUGCUGCUUUUGAACUUGAAGGAUUGGGUGAUAUUGUCAAAGCCUCAAUGUAAUGAGGUGAGAUGCAUUGUUUCAUCCUCAAUUUUCUCAAGGCUCUUGACCUUUGAUUUUUAAGGCGAAACUUAUACGCAGAUGUCGACAAAAGGGUGAAUGACGAAUCUGUAGACAGAUUUUGUAUUCCCAAAAGGUUGUAUGAGGAGUUUUGCAUUGUGACGAAGGAGGCUUUAUCAAAACCAAAUACGAUGACAAUCAGGUUAUAUGAUAUAGAGAAACAAAAACAUGGCUUUGAUUGCUAGUGAAGAUAAAUUUUUGCAUUGACGGUUGCAUGAUCUACUGGAGAUAUAACGUAAAUGCAAGACAUUGUGGGAUUUGUAGGAGAGGUAGGUGGAAAAUUACUGGGAAUAGAAACGGAUGUAUACUAAGGAAACAAUUUAUCUAUUUUUUUGCUAAGCCCUAGAUUACAACGAUUGUACCCUCUUAGGUUACUGCCGGUCUAAUGAGUUGGCACGGUGAGCAUCACAGAGAAGAGGGAGAGAUGUGUUACCCGUUAGGCUUGGUUAAAGUUUUAUGCUACUCAUCUAGAGUUUGCCUCCGAGACGAGAAAUGUGAAGCUCGGUAUGUGUAUAAACUGUUUCAACCCAUUCGAAAGCUUUGGAAAACAAUAUUUAUCGUGGUAAAUGGUAAUUUUGAUACCUUAUAGCCUCGGAAAUAGAUUAACAAUAGAGAUUUGUGAUCCCCAACAAAAUCAAACAAGACAAGCUAUAAACUGUUGAGAUUAUGAGUGAAAAGAGAAAAAAAAAAAAUUAACAAAUUGGUUAUAUCAUAAUUUAAUAUUCAAAUAAAAACCUCAUGCAAAGUAGAUCCCUAAAACCUAGAACAUAACCCCAUUUUUAUCAUUUUCCAUAAUAUCAACUACUUAUUAA